AUGUUUUAUUAUAACAUUUGUUUUUUCUUUGUUUUUUUUCCAGUCUGUUCAGAUCUAUCUAUCUAUUUCAGUCUGUUCAUAUCUAUCUAUCUAUCUAUCUAUUUCAGUCUGUUCAUAUCUAUCUAUCUAUCUAUCUAUCUAUCUAUCUAUCUAUCUAAAUGUUUUUUUUUAUUCUAUCUAUCUAAUCUAUUUUCUGUUCAUAUCUAUCUAUCUAUCUAUUUCAGUCUGUUCAUAUCUAUCUAUCUAUCUAUUUCAGUCUGUUCAUAUCUAUCUAUCUAUCUAUCUAUCUAUCUAUCUAUCUAUCUAAAUGUCUUUUUAUUCAUAUCUAUCUAUCUAUCUAUUUCAGUCUGUUCAUAUCUAUCUAUCUAUCUAUCUAUCUAUCUAUCUAUUUCAGUCUGUUCAUAUCUAUCUAUCUAUCUAUUUCAGUUUGUUCAUAACUAUCUAUCUAUUUCAGUAUGUUCAUAUCGAUCUAUCUAUAUAUGUAUCUAUCUAUCUAUCUAUCUAUUUCAGUCUGUUCAUAUCUAUCUAUCUAUCUAUCUAUUUCAGUCUGUUCCUAUCUAUCUAUCUAUCUAUCUAUCUAUCUAUUUCAGUCUGUUCAUAUCGAUCUAUCUAUCUAUCUAUUUCAGUCUGUUCAUAUCGAUCUAUCUAUCUAUCUAUCUAUCUAUCUAUCUAUUUCAGUCUGUUCAUAUCUAUCUAUCUAUCUAUCUAUCUCAGUCUGUUCAUACCUAUCUAUCUAUCUAUCUAUCUAUCUAUCUAUUUCAGUCUGUUCCUAUCUAUCUAUCUAUCUAUCUAUCUAUCUAUCUAUAUAUGUAUCUAUCUAUCUAUUUCAGUCUGUUCAUAUCUAUCUAUUCAUCUAUCUAUCUAUCUAUCUAUCUAUCUAUUUCAGUCUGUUCAUAUCUAUCUAUCUAUCUAUCUAUCUAUUUCAGUCUGUUCAUAUCUAUCUAUCUAUCUAUCUAUCUAUUUCAGUCUGUUCAUAUCUAUCUAUCUAUCUAUCUAUCUAAGUCUGUUCAUAUCGAUCUAUCUAUAUAUGUAUCUAUCUAUCUAUUUCAGUCUGUUCAUAUCUAUCUAUCUAUCUAUCUAUCUAUCUAUCUAUCUAUCUAUCUAUUUCAGUCUGUUCAUAUCUAUCUAUCUAUCUAUCUAUCUAUCUAUCUAUCUAUCUAUCUAUUUCAGUCUGUUCAUAUCUAUCUAUCUAUCUAUCUAUCUGUCUAUCUCAGUCUGUUCCUAUCUAUCUAUCUAUCUAUCUGUUUAACUUUUUUACAUUAA